CCAGGCAGCGUCUGAGGGGAAGAGGUCCGGCAGCCAUGCAGUCCUCUGGCAGUGCUGAGGGCGGAGCGGACGGCCACAGGAGUGACCAGGCUGGCGCAGGUGUCUCCGGGGACGAGGGAGCCUACGCUGCAACCAUUUUGCGGAUCGUCCAGAUACCCCAUGGCCCGUGGCCCUUUGGGGACAUUGUGCUCUUGGUCAGCAGGACAGGGACCGGUCUACAUGAAUUCAAGGUCAGGGUGCCUUUCUGGUCCUCCCUGGAGGCUGAGGUCAGCCUAAGGUACCUGGCUGAUUUCGGGGAGAGCCCUGACAUUCACCGGGUGCUCACCAGAGACCGCAGCGUCCUGACUGUGAGAUGGGUCGCCCAGGACCGUGGCCACCUCCAGAUAGUGUUCACCCAGUUCCUGGAGGAACUUGCCCUGCUCUUGCGGAUCCUGCAGCGCUUGAAGCCCUUGUUUCCGUCCUCUUCUCUUCUGGCAAAAGGGGGCUGAAGCCCAUACCACAUUGAGCGUGUGGCACUGAAAAAAAUAAAGCUGA